AGAAGUGCUUCUGACCUCUCCAUGGCCUCUAAAGAUCCCCAGAGCCAAAAAAGUCGGGUUCUUCCUGGUUUUCUUCCUGGAGUUCCAGACUCAGACCAAAGCUUUCCAGCCUCAGCUUCCAACGCAGAAAAUCACGUAUGGCAGCCGGGUCUCUCUCCACCAAGUUUCCAGCCAACAUUAGACCUGAUAAUUAUACACCAGCAGGUGGAGCUGCUUGGAAUGAUACUUGGCACUGAGACCUCCAACAAAUAUGAGAUUAAAAACAGCUUGGGACAAAGAAUUUACUUUGCAGUGGAGGAAAGCAUCUGUUUCAACCGUACGUUCUGUUCCACGCUGAGAUCUUGCACCCUGAGGAUCACGGAUAACUCAGGUCGAGAGGUGAUCACCGUCAACAGGCCCCUGAGGUGUAACAGCUGCUGGUUCCCUUGCUACCUACAAGAGUUAGAAAUUCAAGCUCCUCCUGGUACGAUAGUUGGUUAUGUUGCACAGAAGUGGGACCCAUUUCUGCCUAAAUUCACAAUCCAAAAUGCAAACAAAGAAGAUAUUUUGAAAAUUGUUGGUCCUUGUGCAACAUGUGGCUGUUUUGGCGAUGUGGAUUUUGAGAUAAAAACUAUUAAUGAAAAGCUUACAAUUGGGAAGAUUUCAAAGUACUGGUCAGGCUUUGUAAAUGACGUCUUCACAAAUGCUGACAACUUUGGAAUUCACGUGCCGGCUGAUCUGGAUGUGACAGUCAAAGCAGCAAUGAUCGGUGCUUGUUUUCUCCUGGAUUUCAUGUUCUUUGAACAUUCACUGGCUGGAUUAUAACAAGCAUGAUAAUGAAAACAAUAAAAUAUGCAGAACAUAUUUCAGAUUCUUUACAGUAUUUCAAAGCACUUGGGCACAUAUGAAUGACUUGAGUUGGACCUCACAAGAAAAUGGAAGGAUUGA